GAACACGAGGCUAUGUAUCGCGAACAGUCUGAUGUAAUUAGAAUCUUUUUUAGCGAUCAAGUUCGUUUUGAAGAGUUUUUCUACCUCAGAGUGUUUAAAUUUUGUUUGGAAAAGACGUCAAAUACGCUCGUCAGCGUAACGGAGAAGAAGAAGGCUCGUAAUGGCGUCCAUACUGUCUUCGCGCAACUGUGGAGUGCGCCAGAAUUUCUCGGCAAGUUGCAAGAGACGAAUGGAGCUAGUCAUGUUGUACCGUCGCUUCUGACUAGGAGGAAAGGAAUACCGGAAGUGCAGGGUUACCGGAGGUUACUCAAGAAUGCACCUCGAUUUGAAGCUGAACUUGAGCUCUAUUCUAGACUUGUCAUGAGUUUGGCUAUGUUUUUUGCGAACAGCCUCAAUGCACUAGCUCUUUUUAUCUGAUACAAAAUGAAAACAGCACGAAGAAGCGCACAGAAAGUUCCAUUGAGUUUCUCACCUGGUACUUAAUUAAGGAGAUUGUCCUUGAAGUUACAAAGUACAUGGAACACCAAAAGUAAUCGUGAAGAAACUAGAUGACAAGAAUCAAA